AGAGAAAGAGAGAGAGUGGCUGACUGAGAGAGGCAGGAGUCGCGGGAAACGACUGAGCAGCCAGAGAGACAUCCUGGUGUCCGUGCGUCCAGGCAUCCUGAUGCCCAUCAUGGCCAUGUAUCUAAACCUCCUCAUGCUGGCUGUCACUGUGUUCGGACAGGAGUUCCCAUCAGGCCCUCACGGCUGCACGGAGGGAAGCUGUUACCCUGCUACAGGAAACCUUCUGAUUGGACGGGCUGUCAACCUUUCCGCCACCUCCACUUGCGGCCUGAACGGGCCAGAGCAGUACUGCAUUGUCAGCCACCUGCAGGAAUCCGACAAAUGUUUUGAGUGUAACUCCAGGCAUCGCUACGACCCGUACCACCACAAAAACAGCCACCGCAUCGAAAAUGUGAUCUACCUCAUGGACAGAAAUGAAGACAACACCUGGUGGCAGUCUGUCAACGGACAGGAGAAUGUCAGCAUCACACUGAACCUGGAGGCCGAAUUCCACUUCACACACCUCAUCAUGAAGUUCAAGACUUUCCGACCUGCAGCUAUGAUCAUCGAGCGUUCGGCUGAUUUCGGACGCACAUGGCGCCCCUACCGCUACUUUGCGUCAAACUGUACCAAGACCUUUCCGGGCAUCCCCGCCAACGGCCUGCACCACAUCAAUGAUAUCAUCUGCGAGGAACGCUACUCCGACAUCGAACCCUCCACUCGUGGAGAGGUCAUUUAUAAAGUAUUGGAUCCUGCCAUUCAUGUGAAAGACCCAUACAGCUUGGACAUUCAAGAACUUCUGCGUAUCACCAACCUGCGUAUCAACUUCACCAAGCUCAACACUCUGGGAGACGACCUGUUGGACCGCCGUUUUGAUGUCCUGCAGAAGUAUUACUACGCAAUCUACGAGCUGGUGGUUCGAGGGAGCUGUUUCUGUUACGGACACGCCUCAGAGUGCGCUCCAGUGCCGGGGGUUGACGUCCGGGAGAACGGCAUGAUCCACGGUCGUUGUGUAUGCAAACAUAAUACAGAGGGCCUGAACUGCGAGCGCUGCAGAGAUUUCCACAAUGACCUGCCAUGGAGACCAGCAGAGGCGGAGAACCCACACACCUGCAGAGAGUGUAACUGUAACGGCCACUCAAGCCAAUGCCACUUUGACAUGGCGGUGUAUUUUGCCACUGCCAACAUCAGCGGAGGAGUGUGCGACGACUGUCUGCACAACACCAUGGGGCGCAACUGUGAGAUGUGCAAACCUUUCUACUACCAAGACCCUGUUAGAGAUAUCAGGGACCCACGGGUUUGUGUUGCCUGUGACUGCGACCCAGUGGGAUCAUUGGAGGGAGGAGUAUGCGACAGCCACACAGACCCAGACAUGGGGAUGAUCACAGGACAGUGUCGCUGCAAAGCUAACGUCAAAGGCACGCGCUGCGACGACUGCAAGGAAGGUUAUUACGGACUCAGCCAGAACGACCCGCUGGGUUGUCAGCCUUGCAACUGUGACCCUCGUGGCAUCAUCAUGAUGGGAACUCCUUGCGACCAGAUCAGUGGGGACUGCUCCUGCAAAAGAUAUGUCACCGGACGCUACUGCAACCAGUGUCUGCCUGAAUACUGGGGGCUCAGUAACGAUCUGGCCGGCUGCAGACCAUGUGACUGUGAUUUUGGCGGAGCCUUCAACAACAGGUGCAUGAUGGAGAACGGCCAGUGUGACUGCAGGAGGCAUCUGAUUGGUCGGCAGUGUUCAGAGGUUCAGCCUGGGUAUUUCUGUGCUCCACUGGACUACUACAAAUACGAGGCCGAAGAUGCCACCGGACACUCCCCUGGUGACUCUGCACUGCCGGGCAAAGUUCGUCCACAGGCAGAGACUGACUGUGUCCAGCACCUGAGCAACCAGCUGAGGAGGCAUCGGCGUCACCGUCGCAUUACCAAUUCGCAGCAACAUCGGGCAGCACUGAGACGUAUCCGUCAGCUUCAACAAACACCCGAUGUGAGGACAGUUCAUAGAGAGCACACUCCCAGCCACAUGGUGUCGUGGACAGGACCUGGUUUUGCCCGCGUCAAAGAUGGUGCCGGCCUGGUGUUCACUAUCGACAACAUCCCCUACGCCAUGGAGUAUGACAUCAUGAUCCGUUACGAACCUGAGUCCACAGAGGACUGGGAGGCUGUGGUCAGUAUUACAUCUGUAAUGCUGCCGUCCAGUCUCCGGUGUGGAAACCUCCUUCCAACUGAACAGCUCUACACAGUGACCCUGCCGCACCGCAACAGAUACAUCCAGAUGCCCAGGCCAUUCUGUUUCGAACCCAGUAAUCGAUACGUGGUUGCAAUCAGGUUCCAGCGCCAUGGGGUCUUGCACCGACAUCUUACAGCCUUCAUUCUUAUUGACUCGCUGGUUCUGAUCCCCAAAUACACCGAGCUUCCUGGUUUCCAAGGUAAUGAGCCAGAGGCAGAGCAGCGGCGGGAGGAGAUGAUUCGCUACAUGUGUCUGGAUUCCUUUAUGAUGACGCCGAUGCCCGCCCUAGCUGAGAUGUGCUCCAAACUCAUCUGCAGUAUUUCUUCCAUCAUUCAUGAUGGUGCUCUGUCGUGUCAUUGCGACCCUCAGGGCUCCCUCAGUGGUGAGUGUGAUAGGGUGGGAGGUCAGUGUCACUGUAAAUCCAACGUGAUGGGUCGACGCUGUGACCAGUGUGCUCCAGGAACCUACGGCUUUGGAGUGAAUGGCUGUGCAGCCUGUGACUGCCACUCAGAGGGCUCAGUGAGCCACCAGUGUGACCCAGUUACAGGCCAGUGCCAGUGCAGGCAGGGAGCCACCGGGCGCCAGUGUUCAGAUUGCCAACCAGGCCAGUGGGGCUUCCCCAACUGCAGCCCCUGUCAGUGUAAUGGCCACGCAGACAUAUGUGACCCCCGCACCGGGGUGUGUAGAGACUGCAGGGACUACACAGCAGGACACCACUGCGAACAUUGUGUGGAUGGGUUCUUUGGAAACCCGGUCCUUGGUUUAGGGGAGCACUGCCGGCCCUGCCCCUGCCCCGGUAACCCCGGCUCGGAUCACUUUAACGGCCACUCCUGUCAAGCCGACCUCUCCUCUAACCAGAUCAUCUGCAACUGCAGAGAAGGCUACACUGGGCCCCGCUGUGACCAGUGUUCCCCUGGUUACUAUGGCAACCCAGAACAACCCGGAGGGCAGUGCCUGCCAUGCGAGUGCAGCGGCAACAUUAACGCCCAGGAUCCUGAGUCAUGUGACAUCAGGACCGGCCAAUGCCUCAAGUGCCUGUACCAUACCGAUGGCCCGUCCUGUGCCCACUGUCAACACGGUUACUACGGCAACGCUUUGGCCCAUGACUGCAGACGCUGUACCUGUGUGACUGCUGGCACACUCCAGUCCACUUGCAGUGAUGGACAGUGUCACUGCGACAGGCAGACCGGAGCCUGCCGCUGCAGGGAGAACGUGGCUGGCCACAACUGUGACCAGUGUGCUCCUAACCACUGGAACUAUGGUCAGGACCGAGGCUGUGAGCCCUGCCACUGCGACCCCCAACACACCAUGGGAACCCACUGCAACAUGUUCACGGGCCAAUGCCACUGUCAUUCAGGCUUCGGAGGAAGACAGUGCACUGAGUGCGAGCAGUUCCACUGGGGAGACCCACGGGUGCAAUGUCAAGAGUGUAACUGUCAUCCACUGGGCUCAGAGAUGGCCCAGUGUGACCGAGAAACGGGGGCUUGCGAAUGCAGGGAGGGAGCGGCGGGGAAGCGCUGCGAUGAAUGCGCUCGCGGCUUCACCGGCAUCUUCCCCACGUGUGUCCAGUGUCACCCGUGCUUCCAGCUGUGGGAUGACGCGGUGUGCCAGGUUAAAAGGGACCUGGAUCACAUCCAGUACACCGUGCAGAAGAUCCUGGAGAGCGGCGUUCCAACGGGAGACGGGGACAAGCGCUUUAAAGAGCUGGAGAAAAAGCUGAAACAGGUUCAGGAUCUGAUCAGCGCGGAGGACAGCGACAGGAUCCACCAGCUGAUUGGACAGAGCAUCGAUGACCUCAGGGCUGAGAUCGCCCUGACUGACGGGCGUCUGAUGGCUGUUGCCAGAGAACUAAAUACAACAGCAGAAGAAGAAGAGGCACUGAGACACACGCUGAGUGGCCUAGAGAAAGAGCUGAGGGACAUCAACGCCACUGUAGCUCACAAGCAGCGCCUGCUGAUUGAAUACCUCACCUCAGGAUUUGCAGAUCAGUUUGAGAAAGUGAAGAAGAACUACCGGUUGUCACUGGAGGCUGAGAAGAAAUGCAACUUGACAGUGUCCGGUCCUCUCAGUCCUGUGGGACAGUCCAAAGAAACCCGCAAUCGCACUGAAGUCCUGCUGAAUGACAGUAGAGACAAGUUCCUCCGUGCUGUGGCUGUUCAGAACAAAACCUUAGACGAGCUGCAGCAAAAGGCCCACAACCUAGAUAAGAAAGUCCACCACCUCAGUCACAAGGUAUGUGGCGGUCAUAGCAAUGCCAGUUCCAACGGCAGCUGCCCCAACAGCCGAUGUGGUGGUGCAGGUUGCCGUGACGAUCAGGGCAAUCGUGUAUGUGGAGGGGAAGGAUGCAACGGGACAGUAAGCUCUUCUUUAGCGGCUCUGAAUCUUGCCAAGAAUGUCACAGACAGUCUGAAAGCUGCCAAUGAGGAGCUGCAGAGUGUGGCGAGAAAGUUCCAGGAUAUAGCCUCUGUGACACAGGAUGUAAAGAACCAGGCGAUGAAAAUGCUGGAGAGAGCCCAGAAGAACAAGGACAACUUUGUCAACAAUAACAGGAAGCUGAAAGAUUUCAUUAAGAAGAUCAAAGACUUUCUCACUGAGGAGGGAGCGGAUCCAGAGAGCAUAGAGAAGGUGGCUCUGCAGGUUUUGUCGAUCACCCUGCCGAUCAACAGGACCACUCUGGACAAAAUGAUCAUGCAGAUAAAGGGCAGCUUUUCCAACCUCACAAACAUCGAGGGGAUUAUCAACCAAACCUCGCAGCACAUCAGCAAAGCCAAGGAGCUGCUCCGCAAGGCUAACGAUGCCAAGAGCCGAGCAGAGGGAGUGAAGGAUACAGCCAAUAACACCAAGCAGGCAUUGGAUGUGUCUGAGAAGGCCAUAGAGAAAGCAAGAGCAGCCCUGAAUGAGGCCCACAACAACCUGAACAGCACUAGGAAUGCAACAGCUGAGGUGGAUGACAGGCUAAGGCAGCUGGAGGAUAAGCAGAUGGAUGUCAUGAUGCGUUUAAGCAACCUCUCCAUGGGAGUGGAAGCUCUGAGGAACAAGACGGAGCAGAACAGAGAAAUGGCAAAGGACGCCAAAGCACUGGCUAACAACGCCACACACCUAGCAUCCUCGCUGGAGCAGAGCCUCAACGACACAGAGAAACGGUACCGGGAGCUGCAGAUGAAGGUGGAAUCUCUGGAUGGGGAGACUGGAGGUCUGAACAGCAUCAACCAGAAGGCCAAGGAUAUGAAGAAGGAGGCAGAAGACCUCCUCAACAAAGCCAGCAAGGGGCUAGAACAACUCAGGAAACUGGAGAAAAAGUUCAAGAGUAAUGAGCAGCGGAUGCAGAAGCAGCGCAUGGAGCUGGAUGAGCUGAAGGAAAACGCUACCGUGGUGCGGGACGAGAUCCGGACACAAGUGCAGAAGUACAGUAACUGUGUGUGA